CGGACAGACAUGGCGAAACUAUAAAGGUUACUAGAUAACUAUCUAACCAUGGAACCUUUGCAUGGAACCCUGUAAAGCACAUGAGUGCAUCUAGAAAGGUUAAAUAUCUACUCUUGAUAUGUCAAAAGAAGAAUUCUUUCUUAUUGUGACAUUUGGAAAUCAAUAUGAAGCUUUCAAUUUGUUGCUAUUUUUCAUGUUGAUUUGAGGCAUAUUAUUUGUUUAUCUCACUGUUAUAUACACACUGUUUAUAUAGUUUACAAGAACAAUGUCUACAAAAAACUGCCUUAAAAAAGAACGCAAGCCUCUCGUACCGUUAAAAACACUCGACGUAGUUUUCAGACGUCGUUAUGUGAAAAAUACCCAAUACUACUUUACAAACAGAAAACAUGCAUUAAAAGAAGAACAUGGAAAAGCAAGUCAGCCGUUUCGUGUGCCUAGAACUGAGAAGUUACUCAGUUACAUAAAGUACAGCGACAGAAUUGAAAAAAAUAUAUUUAGAAAGAGGCUGUCCCAACCGCUGCACCUGAAAGACAAUGUGAAGAUAGCGGCGACGAGGGACAUAUCGCGACGGCUGUUCAUUGAGGAACCACCCGACGAUGUCAGGGCAGUGGUUGAAAUCCACCCAGAAUUUUACACUGUCAUUGAAGGACGACCGUUACGAAGCUUUGACGAUAUCAAAGUAUACGUUCAAAAUAUACAAAAUUAUGCUAUGAAUCGCCAACAAAUAGGUUAUCGUAGAGAUUUGAUAAUGAAAAUCGACGAAACAUUGGUAGAAGAAACUAGAGAGCACGAUAAGAUUGUAGAAAAUUUAAAAAGCCACAUAAAAAACUUUCAAAAGUUUCUUACCGAAGAUUAUAAGAAGGCGUGUGCUAAAAUUUCAGCAGCAGAAAUUGCCUACAAUGCCCUCGUUGCGAAGAAUAAUCAGUUUCUUGUGUUAGUUUCAUCAAUAACAAAGUUAAAUAACAUUCUGUUCAAAUUGGACGCGAUUAGAUCAGUUUUAAAAAUAUAUCGCAGCUUUUUAAUUUAUGUGGCUCCACUUGAAUGGAGAAAAGAGUAUGACGAAAAUCUACGACUGAUGGCAAAUAGGAAUAAGUCAAUUUUAUUCGUGACCGAUACAUUUAAAACAGACGAUGAGAUAGCAGAAACUGCGGAUAUAGACAAGAUGGUGGAACAGGCUAAGGUAGAGCUGAGUAGUCCUCUAGCCCCACAUUUGUACUUUGUGAAGCCUGAACAGAUGAUGCACUUGUUUCACACAAUGGAAUUACAAAGUAGAGAAUAUUUACUCCAAUUGGCUAAAACCGGUGAUCCUUUUAAGCUUCUAAUGCGCUCUAUUAAGACACUUAAGAAAGUUACGAAAGUAGAGCUCGAAUACUUUCAAUAUUACAUUGAUAGUAUAAAUAGUCAAAUUACGAGGGAAAAGCUGAACGAAAUACAUCUCCAAGAAAAGUUUUACCGUAUUUUGAAUGAACCUUUUUAUCACUCUGUCGCUAGUCCCGAUACAUUAAAGUUAAAAAUUUGCAUAGAAUUCGUAUACCAAGAGGUUUUUGGCAAUAGUGAUGAAGACCAUGAAAAUCUAAAAGAUCCUAUGAAAAUCAUGGAAGUAAUGUAUGAGGAUUAUAAUCUGAAACUUGAUUCCCUGGACUUCAAAAUAGUGAACCAAGCUCGAAAUGACUGCUUUGCUCAGGACUUGACUAUGAUGAGAAAUGCAUACAAAGCAGAAAGAGAGCUGAGAGCAUUCAGAGAAAUGACAAAUGCUAUGCAUAAGGCGUUUUUGCCUCCUAUAACAUAUAAAAGACCUGAGUUUAAAAAGUUUGUUGACAAAAAAACGAGAAAAGCCCAAGCACUGGCUGAAAAAAGAAAAGCAGCCGCAUUAAUGGGGGAAAAGCGAGUCGCUCAUACGUUUAAAAGAAUAACAGACGAAGAAAGAGAGGGGCUAUUGUUAUUUACGGAGUGGUGUGAGGGAACAGAUCCAGUACCUUACUUGAAAACGUAUUAUCAAUAUUCUAAACCAGCCUUAGAAUGGAUGCCUCGCCAUUCUUUGAGUGAAAUUUAAAGAUCAAGAGGGGUAAGCAAUGUGUGGUUUACAUAGGUCGUCCUGCACUGCAGUCAUGUCAAAUCAAUAUAUAAUAUAACCUUUUGCAGCAUCAUUGUUAUAGGUAAGUUGUAUAUACUUACUUAGAUGGAUUUUUUAAAUAGGUCAGUAAGUGCAAUUACCAGAUCCAGUGUUGCUACGCGAAAAUAGCCUAAGGAGACCUUACCUAACUUAUUAUUUAACUACAAUUGGCAAUUAAAAAAAAAAUUCUAUAAGUAGUCAAUUAUUCGGUGACAAAAACAUCAAUACUUGCAAAAAAAUAAAUUCCAUUUCUUUGCAAAUCGAUUACAUUUCUAUCCAGAAUCAAUCUUAGAGAACAACGUAGGUUAAGACACUAUAAAAGCGUCAAUGGAUUUCAGAAAUCACUAGAAGUAAAAAAAAAAAAAAACUGUAUUAUCCAAACAUUUUCUCUUUAAUUGUUACCUAAGUUUUAGAUUUUUCCGAUAUUUUUAUUGUCAUUAUUAUCCUCAAGCCUCUACAGCUGAUUAUAACUAAGGACUGAUUAUAACUUUGCCCCAACUUAGAUUGACUUCUAAGAAGCUUUUGUUCCUGAGUAGAAAUGUAAUCGAUUUGCGAAUCAAAGUUUUGACCUUUAAUUUUCUCCAAAAUUUGUACCUAAUAUACCAAUUAUCGUUUCGGAUGUGGCGAAGACCGGCAUAUUAAAUGUUUGGUUGGGAAGACCGUCAUAGAGAAAGAACUCUCGAAUUUGCAUGCAUACUUCACUCAGACACACUCGGAAAGGAAGAGCUUCGCUACGUUUUAUAAGUGGAUUAUGUCUACAAAUGCAAGAGUUAGACGCGACGAAACAGCUUGUAGACGGUCUUAUCUGGUAGCUGUUCUAAUCCCACAUUGACUUUAAAAAGUUAGGGACAGUAUUUUACACACCGAUUCCUGGGUCACGACUGUUUCUAUGUAUUUAUAUAAUUAUUCUAUAUAUUGUUGCCUAAGUACCUACAACACACGCCUUAAUUGAUCUUGCUGUAGGACUUAGUCAAUUUGUAUUUGUGUUAUAAUGUCCUUAUAAUAUUUAUUAUUCAAGAUUAUUAUUGCAAAGCAGCACCGGAACUGGUAGCAGUCUUCACUGACCCGCUUAAAAAUCCAUAUUUCAUAUACUUAAACAGGACUUAUUUAAAAGCAUGAAGAUUAUUUUUACAGCGCCAUCGCCAUGACAUUUAUACGAGUUAGCUUUCAAAUGGUUUUAAUUCGUAUCAAGACCACUUAAGGUUUGAAUUAAAAUAUGAGUUAUGACAAAUUAUUCAGGGAUAUUUUUAGUUAAUCUAGUUGGCUUACAUUUAUGUAUUUUUAUCUUGAUUUCAUAAUUAUUAUUAUUCAAUUAUUAAAAUGGAAGACGAAAUGCGCUCGUUUAUUAUUAACAUUCCGAAACCCGUAGUUUAUGCUAGAAAAUCGGAUCCUAUAAAGUGUACGGUUCGCCAAAAAACAAAGUUGCCUGUCUACGACAGCAAAAGAAAGCCGUCUAAUAUAUCAUUGCAGAAGUACUCUUUACCCGGAAGUAAGCCUUUGUCUGUGAAGAAGUUGGGCAAUGAUGUCUUGUUGUUACCAUACAGGCUGUUUUCAAAAAGACAAGAAUCUGAAAGACAUAAGACAAGAUUAGCAAUAAACGUUUAUGAUAAAUAUAAAAUUGUCAGCACAGACCUGCGGAGGCGAUUGCACAUUGAAUCUCCCCCUAACGAAGUCCAAGGAUUGACUGACAUUGACCCAAAAUUUUUUGAGUAUGUGAAUGGAAGGGCGUUGUCCAAUUAUAUCCCACUUUAUAAAUCACUGGGCCCUUCAUUAAAUAGUCUAUUUAAAAUUCGACAUCACACUAGUUUUGUAAAAGAUUGCGUUUUGAGAAUCGAAUCUAAUAUGAGAAAAGAAUUGCUAACAUAUGAAAUCAGCGUACAGAGAUGUAAGGAGCAAGCACAAUAUUUUGACACGUUUAUAUCAGAAGACUAUCUUAAAUCAAUGGUCUUCUUGAGAAAGUGGGAUGAACUCAAAAUGAAACUUAACUCAAAGGAAGCUGAACUGCAAAGUCUCGCGAAUGAUAAGUUUUACAUUAUGUCAAGACUGAUAGGUUUAGACUAUAGAUACAGUGUGCAACAGAAGUAUGGAAGAUUGCUCUAUUAUCUAUCUCCACCUACAUGGCGAGCGAAUCACAGAGACUUUGCUAGAUCGAUCGAGAUAGAAAGGAAAGGGUUUGAUUUAGGAUAUUCUAAUGAUGAUGAUCCGUUUACAGUGAUAUUCGAGAAAUUAAAACAAGAAAGCCUGGGAAAUCCUAUCGCUCCGGUGCUUUACUUCCAGCGGCCGAAUGAUUUGAUGGAUAUGUUCGAGUCUAUUGAAAAGCAGCAACUGAAUUAUUUGACGUACGUUAUUUACAGCUCACCUUACGUGAGGACACUGAAGAAAGAAUUGGUCUCAUUGAAAUCCUUGAUCCUACAAAGUAGCGUCUCGGUUGUUACCGCUAUUAAAGAAUUCGAAAAUAUGCUGGAGAGAGAAAAUACUAGAUGUAACAUAAUCGAGGCAAAGUUCCACAAAAUCCUCAAAGGAAUGUUUUACGAGAGCGUUGGAUCUUUGGAAGUAUUGAAAAUGGGUCUACAUUUAGAAUAUUGCUAUGAAAAGGUACUGAAUGAAAAACCAAUGAACACUGACUUGGUAUCCAUGGCUAAAGUUUUAGAGUCAAGUUAUAUGGAUUAUUGGAAACGUCUGGAUGAAGUAUGUAGUGAUGACAUAAAAAAAGCUGUUCAACGUUAUAUUGAGCUGGAACGAACUAAAAUGAGGAAGGCAAGGUUUGCUGCUAGAGAGUUUCGUCUUUUUAGACGGUUGGAAAAGGAGUUGAGGCGCACUUGCUUGCCAAAAGAUAGCCCGGACGUUAUAUCGCCACCAACAGCCAAACCAAAGCAGAGAACAAAAUCUAGAAUCAGCCAGGCGCCGCGGCCUCGCACCGUGAUCGAAGCAUCUCGCGAGUCUCUCACAGAGGCCCAGCUCGAAUACUUAGCUCUAUUCACAGAUUGGACAGUAAAUGAAGAUCCAGCUAACUAUUUACAAGCGCUUAGCGAAGAUAAGCACAAAAGGUCAGAAACUACAUUUUAAUUAAUUUAGAUCAAAUAAUUAUUGAUUAACAGUAGAGGUGCAAAAUCUAAGAUAAAAUUGUGUCCCUGAGUUUGACAACCGAAAUAGAUGGCGCUGUACUGCGCCAUAUGAUGGUUACUUGACCGCAUAAUGUACGCAGCCGUACAUCGUCUCGAAUUUAUAUUAGAUUUUACACAUUUUAUAGGUACCGUCAAUUAAAUCUUUGGUUAAGACAUUAAUUCUUAAAUUAAACACACUGUAUUGAAAA